AUUGGCGUUCAUUUAGUAAACAAAAAUGGCGGACCCGUUAAGUUUAUUACGUCAAUAUAAUGUUAGCAAGAAAGAAAUAACAGAACGAGAUGGUCAGAUCAUUUUUGGUGAAUUUUCGUGGCCAAAAAAUGUUAAAACGAAUUAUUUGAUGUGGGGUGCUGGAAAAGACGGAAACCCCAAAGAAUAUUAUUCAUUAGAAUGUUUAUUGUUUAUUUUAAAGAAUGUCUCCUUAACGCAUCCUGUGUACGUAAGACAAGCAGCCAAAGAAAAUAUUCCAGUAGUGAGAAGACCUGAUCGAAAGGAAUUGUUGACCUAUUUGAAUGGAGAGAGUGCUAGUUGCCCUGCUAUUGAUAAAAGUGCUCCUUUAGAACUUCCAACACAGGUAAAAAGAUCUGCUGAUUAUGAUGGCCCAGAAAGUAUUGCCAAGAAACCUCGUUUCGAAGAUACACAUGUACAAAAAGUUAGAGAAAAGUUCACUGCUAGGCUGGAUGCUCCAAAAGAAGCAUCUGUCACAGUGGACAACAUUAAAUCUUUAUCUGAAGCUAUGUCUGUAGAAAAAAUUGCGGCAAUCAAAGCAAAACGUUUGGCCAAAAAAAGAACUACAAUCAAAGGAAAUGAUGAUAUUGGCCAGGAAUAUGAUAUCAGGGCGAUUUUGGAUUUGGAUGUUGAUAUAACCAAGGAUAUUAUUAGUAGGGAAAGACAGUGGAGAACUAGAACAACAAUUUUGCAGUCAAGUGGCAAAACUUUUGCCAAAAAUAUUUUAGCCAUGUUGCACAGUAUAAAAGCUAGGGAGGAAGGAAGGCAAAGGCCUCCACAACAGGCACCGAUUGUAACACCAAGGGAAACCACAGUUAGACCUGCCCCAGCACAGCCAUCAGUGUAUAACAGAUACGAUCAAGAAAGAUUUAACAAACAAAAAGAAGAGACUGAAGGAUUUAAUAUUGAUACUAUGGGUACCUACCACGGCAUGACCUUGAAAUCAGUGACGGAAGGUUCCGCAAAAUUGAAAUCACAUCCGCCACAAAUGCAGGCCCCAUUGCCUGUAACGGCGGCAAGACCACCUCCUGGUGGCAUGCAAAAACGAGUAUCACGCACGCCCAUCAUUAUCAUACCUGCUGGUACAAAUUCUCUGAUAUCGAUGUACAAUGUGAAAGAUGUUUUGCAAGACCUGAGGUUUGUAACGCAAGAGGAAAAGAAAAUGCAGGGUGGCAAGAGGGACAAUGAGGUUUUAAUACAAAGACAAAGAAAUGGGCAGACUGUUCCGUACAGGGUCGUGGAUAAUCCGGCAAAAUUGAGUCCCAGCGAUUGGGACAGGGUGGUGGCAGUGUUUGUGAUGGGACCGGCGUGGCAGUUUAAAGGAUACCCAUGGGAAACACCCGUCGAAAUUUUUGAUAAAAUUGCUGCUUUCCACAUAAAAUAUGAUGAAAUGAAAAUUGAUCCAAAUGUUGAAAAAUGGGCUGUAACUGUGAUCCAAUUAUCCAGGACUAAGAGACAUUUAGACAGAGCUGCCCUUAUGGUGAUUUGGGAAAAAUUAGACAGACAUAUUUUGCAAUUUAAGCCCCAUUUAAGGUUUUAAAUUAGAACUAUGUAAAAUGUGUACAGUAUUGAAAUUAAAUUUUAUAAUCAUUUUUAUGUCUACCAAUCUUAUUUAGUUUGUGGGUUUGUAGCAAUUACAAAUUCUUUGUUGUAUUUUUUAAACAAUUUAUUAAAUAAUUGACUAUAAAAAAGGC